AAAACACCAUAUAUCAGUUGGACAGGUGGUUAUCGCAAAGACGGUUAUCGUUGCUAUGAGUGUAGAUGUUUUUUUCACAAAGAAUGUGCAGAGGCAUCCUCAGAUAUCCACCAACCAUCUCAUCCUGAACACCCUCUCUCUCUGAUGUUGGAAUGGCCCGAAGUGAAACGCUGUAAGUUAUGUGGAGAAAAAUUGUUUUAUAUGUUUUACCAUUGCUCUAUAUGUGAUUUCGUUGUUGAUACGGCGUGUGCCAAAAAUCCACCACCAAAUGUUAUUGAAUUUCCCAAAGCCCAUGAACACUCGCUUGUUAUCGCGAAGGAUCUUUCUGAUUUCAAAUGUGGUUUUUGUGGAGAGGAAGAUCAUCUUAGGUAUCGUUACAGAUGUUAUCUAUGUAUAUUGGAAUUCGAAAUCAGGUGUUCUAUGCUUUCUUUAGAGAUAGACUACCCUUAUCACCCUAAACAUCCCCUUAAGUUCCUCACUAAAGAAGAACAACAUUUCUCCCAUGGGAAAUGUCGUAUAUGUGGAAAAGAAUUAAGAUGGAAAUUUUAUCAUUGUUCAAUCUGUAAAUUUAGUGUGGAUGUUGAUUGUGUGAGGGAUCCUUCACCGCUUGCAAUCUUAUUUCCUAAGGCUCAUGAACAUCAACUCAGCGUUACACCAAGGAAAAUAUCUUUUGAUUGUGAUGCUUGUGGGAUGGCGGGUCAUCGGAGUCCUUAUUCAUGCCAACAAUGUGAUUUCAUGAUUCAUCAAAGCUGUAUUGACUUACCGGAGAUCAUCAACGUCAACCGUCACGAGCAUCGUCUUUCUAGGUGUCUUCAUCUAAGUCCUGGGAGUUGGAUAUGCGGAUUUUGUCACAAAAAAGUUGAUUGGUCAUAUGGUGCGUAUUCUUGCUCGAUUUGUCCUAAUUAUGCCAUUCAUUCUAAAUGUGCAAUACGAGAUGAUGUAUGGGAUAAGUUAGAGCUGAAAGGGAUACCAGAAGAACCUCAAGAUAUGGAACCAUUUAAGGUAAUAGAUGAAAACCUGAUAUGUCAUUUUAGUCACGAAGAACAUUAUUUACAACUCAACGAGGAAGAUAUCAUAUUCGGUGGAAGCAUUCUUUGUGAAGCAUGUGUCUUACCUAUAUAUUCUCAAGCAUUCUAUAGCUGCGUGCAAUGCAAUUUCAUUCUCCAUAAAACAUGCGCUAAUCUUUCUAGAAAGAAACGGCAUUUUUAUCAUGGCAAACCAUUAUCUUAA